AUGAAUACCGCAACAGCGGACAAGUUCACUUUGGAUGAAGACCUCUCUCCUGAAGACGUGGUUCUUCACGGAGAGACUGCAGGCUCCGACGACGGAGACGACGACUGCAUUCCCGUCCGGACAUUAAGUGGCUUCAGCGUCUUCAACGCUCAUAGUCUUGAAUUCGUGUCGCCACUUACGGUCCUCAUGAAUGUCCCGGGCACGUGGACCGCGGUUGGGAUUGCUCAUCCGUACACUGAAGAGGAGGACAACCAUCCGACUAGUGCCGGGCAACUCGUUCAGCUUUCGGAGCUCCUCAGUUGCAGUGUGCACUGGGUGACGCGCUCAAAAGGCUCAUAUACCAUAGACCAGCAUAUCUAUCUUCGCACUGCCUUUGCCUGGUAUCUACUGCGGACCCCAUCCCCGGCUUAUAAGCCAUACAUUGCCACAUUUGCCUCCUGCCACCAGAUCAUGCAGUCCCUUCUCGAAUUAGCUCUGAGGACCCCGGCAUGGCCACUUCACGACAUCCUCAAGACUCUGGGAUUAUCUCCCUCAGAUGUAGAGUCCACGAGUUUUGUGAGCUGCAUUCACUAUAAGGUCAUACUUAUGCUGACUCAUCUGAUACAGCAAGAAUACUUCACUGCUGCGAUGGAUGGGCUUUCCACAUAUCAGGAAGAGUUCUACCGAAGGGUUGUUCAAGCUCAGUGCCUCAAGUCUCUUCCAUCCCCACCUACAUCCCUUGACCCUACACACUAUUGCUUUCUACCUGUGGCACAGGCAGCUGAGCAAUUUGUUCUCAAAAGACAUUGCUCUACAGUUGUCACUCCAAAAGUGGCAGCUAUUGCUCAGUCACUAUUUUCCCAGGUCUUGGAGGUAGUGACCUUUGCAUCUGCAGAGGAGAAGAGAACAGGUCCUUCUGGUGUUCAUCAGGAGCACAACUCCAACCCCCAUUUCAUAAAAUGGGGUCAGGCCUCCUCUAUAAACCAUGUCUAUCAGAGUGUGGGGAUUGAUGGUGUCAUCUACUCAGCAGGUGACAUCAUUAUGGUGGAGCCUGGAGAAGACACUUAUAAGCCAAGGGCAAAGAAUGCAGAGACCAGCCAAGCAAGCUGCCCUCAGAACAACUUUGCAAACACAAGAUGGUUCUGCAAGAUUUGCUACUUCUUUGAAGAAGAAGGCUCCAAGUCUUGGAAGAAGAUGUUCCAUGCCCAAUGGCUCCAACAUGGUGCUCAAACACUGCUUCAAGAAUCAGCCCACCCUAGAGCCCUCUUCUGGCUUACAGAAUGUGAUGACUUGCCAUUACAGUGCAUUCUCUCACAUUGCAAUAUAGUGGAUUGGCCUGUUGGAACUGCAGAGCCUCCUGAAGAUGUUUUUGUAUCAGAAAAUAUGUUCUUUACAGGCCUUAUCUGGGAUGCCAAUUUCCAUGCAUUCAUACAGCUCCCAAAGUCAAGAAGAGAACAGGCUCUUGCUCAUUGUCCAGCAGCUAAACCCUGUGUAGCUUGUGGGCUUCUUACCAUUCGUGAAGAAGCAGAGGACUGGAACCCUCUGGAUACUGGAGGUUUCUCACAUGAUGGUGUUGACUAUCAUGUUCAUGACUUCAUUUACUACCAUGAUUCCCACCAACAGGGGCUUCUUCAAGUUGCUCACAUCAUGCAAUUCAUCCCUACUUCAAGUGGGAGAUUGAGUGAAGUGGAAGUCUGCUGUCUUGGCAGAUAUGACACUGUGUUGCAUGAUACACCCACAUCCUCCCCCCUUGACAAUAGGAGACUUUUCAAGACAGAGGCUACUUUGCUGCUGAAAGCUUCCUCCAUUGAGGGAAAAGCAUAUGUCAGCAAUCCUUCAUCUCUCAGGGAGAGAGAGGAGUGGUGUCAAGAGGAUCAUCACUUCUACUGUGAUCUGGAAUCAAGCUGUAUCCAUCCAGAAUCCCCAGCUGAUCUCAGUCCCCUUCUUCCUCAUCAACUCCCACAAUGCCACCCAUGCCUUCAGUCUGUGCACUCUACCCUCUUGGAAACUAAGCAGCUUCUAGCAAGUGCUAGAAAACUCAGGGGACUGGAACUCUUCUCAGGGGCUGGUGGAUUAUCAACAGGCUUGCAUCAGUCUGGCUUUGUUGAUACAAAGUGGGCUGUUGAAUUUUCUCCUAGUGCUGCAAAAUCCUUUCAGAUCAAUCAUAAGGAUGCAGCUGUAUAUUGCAUUUGCUCCAAUUGCCUUCUGCAUCACACCUUAGAUAUUCACAAUGGUGGAUCUCCCCCUCCUUUACAAUGCCAGACAGGGGAAAUGCCUGCUAUGCCCAAGAGAGGGGAAGUGGACUUCAUAUAUGGUGGCCCUCCAUGUCAGAGCUUCUCCAGAAUGAACCACCAUAGAAAAGUUGAUGAUCAAAGGAGUGUUCUGAUCUGCAACAUGAUAUCUUAUGUGGAGUUUUACAGGCCCUUAUACUUUCUUUUGGAGAAUGUGGUUGGACUUUUGACUUAUACCCUUACUGGCCCUAAUCAAGAUGGAGAGGCCAUCAAGAUGGGGGUUGUCAAGUUCAUCAUGCGUAGCCUCACAGCUCUAGGCUAUCAAGUUCAGUUUCAAGUUCUACAAGCAGGCCAAUAUGGAGCCCCACAAGGGCGCAGAAGAGUUGUCUUCUUUGGUGCUCGAUCAGAUGUCCCCUUUCCUCAGUUUCCUGCUCCUCAAUAUGCAUUCCCCAAGCUUACAGGCCUAGGGGUCACAAUGCCUACUGGAGAGCGUCUGUACCCUCCAUUCUUUUCUGGGUUUAUGGACAAUGGGCAUCAAUGUGCACCCUUCCCAAGCAUUUCCAUCAAUGAGGCAAUAGGAGAUCUGCCUAAGUUUGAUUGGCAAAAUCCUUGCAAUAUUCUACCCAGGCAAAAGAAACAUAUGCAAGACAUAGCUGCCAGGACUCUCCAAGGGAUCCCUUCACUCAAUGCUGUGACCCAGGAGAAGGGUGACCCAGGUUUCAGAGAUCCUGUCCCCUAUAUCUCCCAGCCUAUGAAUCGAUACCAGCAUCACCUCAGAGAUCCUCAAGAGGAUUCUGUGUCCUACCACUAUACCAAGAAAUACUCUGCAGUGGUAGUUGAGAGGACUGUCAAUGUACCAUUGGUACCCAAUGCUGGAUUCAUAGACAUCUAUGGAAGAUUGGAUGGUCAAGGUCACUUUGGGACUGCACUAACAACUGUCAAUCCAAGUUCAAAGGGAGGCAAGGUGCUUCACCCUGAGCAAAAAAGAGCACUCACUGUGAGAGAAUGUGCUCGAGCACAGGGAUUCCCUGAUAGCUACAUGUUCUGCUCAACAAGCACCAAGGACAGCAAGAUCACUGAGGAUCAACUGAGACAGAUAGGCAAUGCAGUUCCAGUCCCACUAGCACAUGCUCUUGGAGUAGAGAUUGGUAGGGCCUAUACCAUGUACCUGAAGAGCAUCCAAGCAAUUCACCUAUAG